AUGUCUUACUUUUCCCACAGACAAAUCGUCUGCAUUCUUCUAAUUCUUGGAAUCUUUGGACCAUCUACAGUAGCCGCUAUCACCUACACUUUUCGAUUUCAAGAGAACGAUUUGAAUAAUUUUUUUCUAAUUUACUAUUUAAAUGUGCAAAUUGAUAUUGGUUUUAUGGAUGAUGGGACGGCACUAUUCACGACUUCUGUGUUGAAUGUGUCGCCGUUUCAUUUUUCAAUGUUCGUCAAUGGCAGGAACUGCGGUAUCAUCAAUUUGCGAUGUCAAUUCACUAUCCAACCAAAUCAACAAUUAAAUAUUGUGGUUAAUAAAAUUGAUAUGGAAUCUAAUCUUUUGAGUUUUCUGUACAAAGGAGGUUCUCAAAGUCCGGAUGUUUUUAUAAAUGGCUGUUCGGAGACGAUAAAAACUGGAUUAUGUGCUUUUGGAUCUCAGUUAUCAACCGAUACUCAGGGAAAUGAUUACGAUGAUUCGAUAUGUGUUUGUCAUGGGAUACUGUCGAGUUGUAUUAUGACUUCUAAUGAUUCUUGCAUUGCGAAUCACCCAUUCUGGAACUACCAACCAACAACAUCCAUGGACGCCACGAGUACUACAAGGUUUCUAACCACAACUACCGUACCCACAACUACCGCACCCACAUCGACUACAGUAAUCCCAACAACAACUACAGUACUACCAAAUACUACACUAGUCCAGACGACUACAAAGCUACCAACCACUAAGCUUACAACCACCACUGCUUCUACCUCCACCAACAUGACUACAAAGACUACAACUCCCCUACAAACUACAACUCCUAUAUUACAAACUACAAAGACUACAACUCCCCUACAAACUACAACUCCUAUAUUACAAACUACAAAGACUACAACCCGACUACAAACUACAACCACCAGAACCACCACAGGCAUGCCAACAACAACAACAAGCAGCACUAGCACAACCGUCAAAAAUUCCACGAAUGCCACGUCAUCGAUGACGUCGUCAACCACAACGUCAUCACACCCCACGACGACGACGACACCUGAUGCGUUUGUGCCGACGCUAAAAAAUUUGAGUGAUGUUAGUAAUUUUAAGAAAAAAUCGGAAAAUUUUAGCGGUGUGGGACCCAACAACGUGUCUACCGUACUCAAUGAAACGCUGACCUAUUCGAAAAUGGGUCCGAAUUUGAAUUCCACUCAAGUCAUGGAAAUUUCAACGAUUCUAGUGAACGCCGCCAAUGUUCCCGGAUUGACAACAGAGAACUCCUAUCAAAUCCUUCACAAUCUAGACAACAUGCUCUAUGUCGAUCCUACUACCAUGUAUCAAAGUGGGAAUUCUGCUCAAAGAGUCCUCAAUAGUCUUGGAACUAUGGUUGACAACACCAUGGAUCAGCGGAUUGAGUACUUGGAGGGGACGAAUCUAGGAUUCAGUUCGAAGAAAAUCAAUUGCCAGAAUUUAAGCCAAGAUGAUGGAUUGCUAGAUUUAGGCUCGAAAUUUGAGCUUAUAAAUUCCACGGAUUCCCUUGGGAAGUGGCACUCCAUACUUGUCCCAUUAUCCGAUCUAUGUAGCACCCAAGCUUUAUCCCAUGUGUUCUUCACAAUCUAUCGAGAUACUUCGUUGUUCGUGGGUCAGCAACAGUAUCGGAGUUAUACGGGAACGAAUCAUCCGAUUUCGUCGGGACAAGCGGAGACGUAUACACCGCCGCCACGAUAUAGGAGAAGUGUUUGGGAUGAGGAGGAUAGUGAAAUGAUGAAUGUCACGAGUCUUCAGCUAGUUAUAAAAUCUGAAGAAACUGUUGCGCCAAGAGCUUUUAGCCACUUCCUGACGCUUGCCGAUGCUUGCCUACGCUUGCGGGCCGCUUGUCGACCGCUUGCCGACCGCUUGCCGACCGCUUGCCGACCGCUUGCCGACCGCUUGCCGACCGCUAGCCGACCCCUUGUUGACCACUUGUCGACGUUUGCCGAUGUUUGCCCAAUGCUUACCAACGCAUGUCGACGACCGCCGAAACUUGCCGAUGCUUUCCGACGCUAUCCGAACAUUCGCCGACGCCCGCCGACGCUUGCUAACGCUUGCCAGCGCUUUCCGAGCAUUCGCCGACGCUUGCCGACGCUUCCUGACGCUUGCCAAUGCUUGCCAACGCUUGCCGACGCUUUCCGAUGCUUNGCCACGCUUGCUGACAUUUCUAUGAGCUCAAUGAAACAAUAUUUUUCAGAAACUGUACCCCUAUCCCCUUGCGCUCGUCAAACAUCCCUUCCAUCAACACCGGUGAUGAGUGCUACCGUACUCAAUAACGGUGUAGCUGUGUCCAUCUCCUCCACAUCUGAUGCUCCAAUGGCACUACUCCGUUUCAAUGUUUCGACACUUUUGCGACCCCUUCAUGGAAGUUUAAAAGUCACUUGGUGGGAUGUUGGACGCAGACAGUGGGCCGAUAAUCGAGAAUGUGAAAUUAUGACUGAUUCGGAUGGGAUUCUCGAGGCAAGGUGUACACAUUUGACGGAUUUCGCUAUUAUUGUGGUAAGUAGCCUGGAUGCCGCUCUGAACGACCCGAAUGUCUGUGACAAUGCUCUUAUCACAUUGGGAUAUGUUGUAAACGGAUUAUCGAUUUUCUCACUGGUCUUUCUCACAUUCUUUAGUCUGGCUGCCUAUAUUCCCUACCUGGCGAAAAGUCGCCUCUACACCUAUGUUCGAGGUCAUAAUCUGGCGCGACGGGAUUUUCUAGCACUGGCUUAUCAUUUCGAUCUACUUUUAUUCUACAUCUUUUUCACUGUGUUCUCAAAUCAAGAAAUUUCUGGAACGGCGUGCACAACAAUGGCGGCGGUGAUGUACGCGUUGUUGUUGUGCUCUCUGCUACUAACAAUCUGCCAAGCGCUUCGAAAUAUUCUAAGCUUCCUACCCAAAACCUUCGUUAAAUGCCUUGGGAUUCUCCUAAGCACCCCUGCAGUCCUAAUUAUGUCAGUUGCAAUCCCUUUCAUCUUAUCCAUGUUUCUCCUAGUUUUCACAAAAUUUUUCGAUCGCCAAGACUGUUUUUGUUGGGUCCGUCCGGAUUAUGUGGUUGCCGCCAUCAUCAUACCAGUGACAAUUUUGUUAUUAAGUACCGUAAUCUGCACAAGUUUCAUGAUCUACAAAGUGUUUUGUGGGAUGAAACGGAAGUUUAGUCAAGGUGGCCAUCACUACGAUCCCAAUGUCAUCACAAAGAUUGUGUCAAUUGUAGUCAUGCAAAUCUCGCUGGGUCUUCCAUGGGUCCUCCAGUUUGGCACCCUCUACUCCCCAUACACCACGUUUUGGCACUAUCUAUUCACAAUUGUUCUAGGAUCCCAAGGAACGAUUCUAUUUUUGAUUUUCCUCUACAAACGAUAUCGAGCUUGGCAAUCGGAGAGUGUGCUCAAAUCGAGAGAGCCCAGUUUUCAUAGAAGCUCGAGAAGGAAACUGACGGAGAGUUUAGGAUCAAGUACGGAUACGUUUAAUGAGUACUAA